AUGGAUGUUUUGGUCUUCAUUGUGAUUCCAAUCUUGUUCACAGUGAAUUGUUUUUCUUUCUUUCUUUCCUGGCUUACUGUAACGCAGUCAACAACGUACAUCAAUGGAGACAGCGGUCCGCCGACGGUCAGCGAGAAGGAGCUGGAGACUCGUAACCAGGAGCUGGCAGCGGCUCUGGACUCCAGCGCGCUCACGAACGCCCAGCUCACGUCCAAACUCGAGACACUGACGAAGCAGUCUCAGGAGCUUUCUGAUCAACUACAGAAGGAGCGGAAAGAGUUUGAGCAGAAGUUCACGAAGGAGCAGGGAGCGAUACGUGAACAGCUACAGGUUCACAUUCAGACCAUCGGCAUCCUGGUGUCUGAGAAAUCAGAGCUACAGACGGCUCUGUCUUACACACAGCAGGCAGCGCGACACAAGACAGCAGAGGCAGAAGAUCUGAGCUCGCGGCUGCAGGCCAGUAAACAGCGAGUGUCUGAGUUAGAGAGGACUCUAUCUUCAGUCUCCACACAACAGAAGCAGUUUGAGAAGCAUAAUAAAGAGCUUGAAAGGGAGCGGGACAGUCUGCGAUUGGAAGUCCUCCGGUUUAGUAAUGUGAGCGAGGAGACCAGGCAGCAGAGCUCAGAGCUGUCCGAGCAGCUCAAGCUGAGAGGAAACGAGAACAGCGCUUUGAAGCAGGAGGUUGAUGAGCUCCGUAAGCGGCUGGAGAUGGCCGACAGCAUGCUGCAGCAGUUCUCCAGUCAGUCGGGUCCUCCGUCUGGGCACCAGCAGGUCCAGCUCCUCCUGGAAGAGAAGCACCAGUUAGAGGCUCACGCGGCUCCACGGGCUCAGCUGUGGUGUGUGUGCGGCUGUGAUGUGGGGCAUGUGCGUCUGAUGUCAGAGGAGCGUGACAGCACCGCUGCUCAGAUUCAGGAGCUGCAGGAGAAGAUCACAGAGCUGGAGAACACUGCAGCUCUGAUGAGUAAAGAGCAGAAGCUGCAGGCCGUGUCACAGGCCUCAGGCCCUUCAGAGAGUGAACUGGCCCUUCAGGAAACCAUCAGCCGCCUUCAGGAGGAGAGAGACGCGCUCAGUCUGCAGUACCAAGCACAGGUGACCUACACUGACCAUGUGAAGCACUCACAUUCACACAUUAAAACCUUAGAGCCUUAA